UCUCUGUCUGCAACACUGCAACACGGCUCUCUGCUUCUAUUAUUUAUUCCUCUCUUGCAAUGAAUUCUUGUGUGCGGCCCCCGCUGGAGCUGUGCGCGGUGGAGGCUGAUGUUUGAGCCGCCCGCUCGCUCCUGUUCUGCCGGGGAUGCCUCGCCCGCGGUCGGCGGCGGCGGCUGCUGGGGGCCGGCAGGGGAAGCGGCUGAAGAGGACGUCCGACAGGUACUGCCUCUCCACCCCGAGUCUCAGGGGCCUGUUCACUAUCAGCGAGGAGGAAGAGCGAUGGAGAGACGCAGCCCUCAGGAGGAUGAGUGCUACGGACAUUUCAAUUGAAGCAGAGAAGAGUCUGGACCGGGACGAGGCAGCUGAGGAAAGGCCGAUCAGGAAGGAGGAAGCAGAUAUAAAGCCGGUGAAGGAAGAGGAAGCAGAGAAGAAUCCAGUCAAGGAUGAGCCACAUCCUCCCUCAUCCAAACCCCCCGCAGCAGGCAAGAGCCCUCGGACAAAGCAAGAUGCGUUGAAGGUGGAGGAGAGACUACGACUUGCGAGAGAGCGCCGGGACGAACGGGCAAAAACUCUCGCCACCAAGAAGUCAAUAUGGCUGGAGCGGGAAGAAAAGGCCAAGCUGCUCCGAGAGAAGCAGGUGGAAGAUCGGAGGAGGAGGCUGGAGGAGCAACGGGUGAAGAUUGAGAAGCGGCGAGCACUGCUGGAGGAGCAGCAACGACUAAAGCUUCAGAAAAGCAAGGAGCGUUACGAAGCAGUGGUGCAGAGGUCAACCAAGAGAACCUGGGCAGAAAUCCGUCAACAGAGGUGGUCCUGGGCUGGAGCGCUCCCUCACAGCCUGAGUGUGCACAAAGCGAGGCCAGGGGGCUGUUCCUUGUCGGCUGCCAACCUGCCCAAACAUGUGGAUUCCAUGCUAAACAAACGACUCUCCAAAUCCUCAGCCACGCUCUGGAACUCCCCCAACAGAACUCGCCGCUUGCAGCUGAGCCCGUGGGAGAGCAGCAUCGUGGAGCGCCUGAUGACCCCAACCUUGUCCUUCCUGGCCAGGAGCAGGAGCGUGGCCGUUCUAACAGGAACGGGCAAAGAAAUAGAAGUCCCUCUGUGCCCUCGCUCUGCCUCGUCCAGCCCGAUCGCAGCCAGAGGCAGCAAGCCCCCGCACAAGUGCUCCAACCGAUGGAGGGCCAUGCACAGCAGCCCCGACGUGCUGGCACGGAGGAAGACUGAGUCCCAGCCGGGAGAAAGCAAGAAGAAGGAGAAAAAGGACAAGGAGCGGGAAAAUGCAAAGGAGAAACAUGCCCUGCUGAAGUCGGGCGGUGGGCCUGACAAGAUGAUGAGGAAGCGGCAGUCCCUGCCCGCUGUCCGCAGUAAAGAGUCCAUGGCCAGGGAAGUCAGCCUGAGAUCAAAGAACCGCUCUUUGCCGAGCUCGCCCAGGAGGAGACCUUCGGGAACUAGUCCCGGACCCGCGCUGCCUCCGGCAGCGGGUAGUGCCACUCUGGUGAAGAAGUCGCGAGCCAAAGGCGAGAAGCGCAAGGAGAAGGAGAGCCAGUCAAAGCAGAGAGAGGAGAAGGAGCAGGGCAAGAAGGAGGGGUCGAGGCCUUCAUCAGCCGGUGGCCAGAGAAACAAGGAGGCAGCAGCGGCGGCAGCAGCAGAGGCUCCAGACUCCACUCACGGCUCCCCCGCCCGGACAAUUGGCGGCACCACCGACCCUGAGGAGGCGGUCAGACUCCUGGCGGAGAAGCGGCGAGUGGCGCGGGAGCAGAGGGAGCGGGAGGAGCAGGAAAGGAAGGAGCAGGAGGAGGAGAAGAGGCUGAUGAAGGAGGAGAUAGCACGGAGGAAGGCAGAGGAGAAGGCUCAGCGUUUGGCCGAGGCUCAGCAAAUGGAGGAGGAGAGGAGGCAGAGGGAGGAAGAGCAGCAGCUGAAGGAUGAGGAGGACCGGCAGAAGGAGGCGGAAUUGGAGCGGGAAGAAACGGAACGCCUCCAGAAGCAGAGGGAAGAGGCGGAGACGCGGGCACGGGAGGAGGCCGAGAGACUUCCAGAAGAGCGGCUGGAGCGGGAGAAGCACUUCCAGAAGGAGGAUCAGGAACGCUCGGAGAGAAAGAAGCGUCUGGAACGGAUUAUGCAGAGGACCAGGAGAUCUGAUGGUCCAGAUAAGAAAGAAGAGAAGAAAUCAGCUACUGAUGGGGACAGCGAGAGCAAGGACACGAAGGCAGAGGCACCAGACGUCAGCUCGACACACGGGAAGAAUCUCGCUGGAGAAGAUCAGCCGGAGACAUCAGUAGAAGGGGGAGCGGGCGAGUUGUCAGUCAGCGCCAAUGUCUGCCUGUCACAGGCCCAGCCGCUCAGAGAGCUGGGGGUGGCUCCAAAGGAGGACAGUGGUGAGAAACCGCCCGCGCUCACCAACGGAGUCCAGCCCAAGAAACAGGAGAAUGGCAUCUGCCCCGUGACGCCGACACUUGGAGGCGUGCUGGAACUCGCCAACCAUACGGGCUGCUUGAAGGAAACCGUGGAAAGCGUGGACAGUAACGGGCAGAAGCAGCAUCUGAGCAGCCUGACAGCCGAGGACAUCCCCGUCACUCCCAUCAUCGCCUUCGAGGAGGAAAACUCUUUCAUUAAGAGGACAACAGGAAUUCAGUCCCAGCAUGUGGCAGAAAUCCUCUGAAGAGCUGGGGAUGUGAAGCCCGCCCUCCCCCCCCAACUGCCCUCAGCAACCCCCCCCCCCCCCCCCCCCCCCCCAGCUACCAAGCACGGCUUUCUACUCAGUGUCGGAAGUGGGGACGACGGCAGGAAGCGGCCGGAAGGAGCGGUCAAGACGGGGGCGUGUGUCCACGCAGACUCCGGCCCCUCCGAACCUCGUCUCCUUUUAAUUUGUUACCUUGUUUAUUUUUAAAUGUUUUAAAGAUGUUUACGGACAUGUAACUUCCACAAGAAGCGACAGCGGGCUCUGGAGUAGAGUCUAGCGGAGUGAGGAGUGCCGUGAUGAAGAGGCAGCCAUGGCCAGUGGCUGUGUCUGCUUGUACUGGACAGAGCGGGCCGACACUCUGCUGUCUUUACUGUGCACCUUAUGAACUGACACUCUAAUGCAACACGACAUGCACUCGCAGCGAGAGGAGCGGCAGUGUGACUGUUCUUGUAUCACUGGUGAUCACGUUCUUAUUUAACUUGAAAUUAUAAUAAAACUACUGGGUACCAUGUAUGUGAAUAAUGUAAAUAAACCUGUCAGUGUUAUACCAGCAGACCUGUCACUCCAUAAUCUGCUCUCGGUCCCUGCCAUGCCCUGCCCUGAGGCAGUUCCAUCCCACCACCCCCAACCUCACCCCAUCCCCCCCACCUCUCCCAAUCCCUGCUCUGCUUCCAAACUACCUCCGUGUUUGUUCAAAGUCAUGAGGCUGGCACAGUGGAGCAGCGGGUGGAACUGCUGCCUCACGGCGCCAGAGGCCUGGGUUCCAUCCUAACCUCAGAUGCUGUCCUUAUGUGGAGUUUGCCCAUUCUCCCCGUGACCGUGUGGGUUUUCUCCGGGUGCUCCGGUUUCCUCCCACAUCCCAAAGACAUGUGGGUUUGUAGGUUAGUUAACCCUCUGUAAAUUGCCCCGAGUGUGUUGGGAGUGGAUGAGAAAAUGGGAUAACAUAGAACUUCCACAAGGAGUGGUAACAUCGAUGGUCGGUGUAGACUCAAUGGGCCUAUUGAAGGGUCUGUUUCCAUGCUGUAUCCUUCAAUCGAUCAAAUCCCCCAACAAGGGCUCUCCAUUGCCUGUGCCCCACCCACACUGCCCAACAUUCAUGCCUGGGGUGUAGAUGGUGAAUGAAGCAGCUUUAUUUUCACCUCCACAAGUACUGUGUGCUACAGGGACAAUGACAAUCUUGCAGCAGCUUCACAGGCACUUGGGCAUCAAUUAUACAAAACUUACUCACAUAAACUACACAUAAAUUCUGUCAGACAUUCAGUCUGAAGAAGCAGAUCUCACUGGAUAGAUGAUGUUUCUGUACUGUCUUCAUGUUCUAAGAGUCUAACCAUCAUCUCCAAAGCAUUCACCAGCAUUGAAAAAGAUAGACACCAAGUGCUGGGGUAACGCAGCAAGUCAGGCAGCAUCUUUGGACGCCAUGGACCCUUCGUCAGACUGCAUUCCGACCCGACCCCACCUGAAACGUCACCUGUCCAUUUUCACCAGAGAUGCUGCCUGACCCGCUCAGCUUUGUGUCUUAUCCUCAAUAAUAGGCUCACUUUCACAUCCCGAUUACACUGCUGUAUUCCCACAUUCAGUCUGUAUUUCCAUAACAACGGGAUUAAAAGCUAAAUAAAAUAGAGACCAUGUGCAGGUUGG